AUGCUCGCGGAAGGCGAGCGGCCUAAAAUGCAGGAUUGGCUUGAACUACUGAAGAGCUUGCCGAACGUUGUAUACUUGCGAGUAGUCCAAGCAAUACCCCUUUAUCCUGUUGAUAACCAAUCUGCGGAAAAUGCACCGACCGUCGCGCCAAAUGCAGUCCUCCUUCCCAACCUCAAAAUCCUCGACAUUGAUGCCAGUGACUCCUAUUUUAACAACGUUCAAGGCCUCGCCUACACCCUCUCGCGCAUGAUCAUGCCCUCCCUCUCGCAUUUUGAAGUCGUCUGUGGCCACGAGGAAAUCGAAAACGGGCCCGCUUUCUCACUGGGCCCGCUCUGUCCUCUCAUCACCCUCAAUUGUUCGCCUAAAUCACAGGUCUUGGACUCUGAUUCGGACCGAGAAAAAUCCAUGGAAAUUUCGGAACCUCUCCGUAGCAUCGUUAUCGAACAAAACUGGAUCAACCAUUGCUUUCACAUCAUAGCCGGAUGGACGGAUCCCGACACAGCCGCCCUCUUCCGCCACAAGAACAUCCACAAUCUCACCACCACGCGCGCCAAAGAAAGUGCUAGGGUGAUCUUCAGCUUCGGAGACGAAGUGUGGGGGCUUUCGAAGGAGAACACAGUGAAGGAGAAUGUGGAGGAGGUUCUGGGUGCGUUGCCCCUCGGGCACGUCCAGACUCUCACCGUCGACACGGCGAUUGGCAUGCUUGACGAUGUGAGGUGGUGGACAAGCGUUCAUGGCAUGUUUCCUCAACUUCAAACCCUGUAUUUAUCAGGGCGAGGGACCGCCGACAUGUUCCUGUCCGCAUUCAUCAACAUCGACCAGGUACCCGAUGCUGUUUCGCCCAACGGGAACAUCGAUCAUACCUUGGCCUGGCUGGCCAAACACGCUCUGGAUCCCGACAUCGCACCUACGAACGCAUCCAAUAACACUGCACAGGAGAAACGAGAGGACGAAAAGCAACACCCCAUCACAUUCACCCCGGACAACAUCAUCUUCCCCCAAUUGCGGUCCCUGUACAUUACCUUUACUGCACUCCCGUCGCUCUCCUAUCUUCUCGACGGCUUCGUCGACGCACUCGCGGCUCGACGAGAGCUCGGGGCUCCGAUUGAGAAGUUAGAAUUCGAGGGAAACUCGGGGUCGGUGUUGCGGCGAUAUAUUACUCGCUUGCGCGAGAUCGUGCCCGUUAUUGUCGUCAAUGGAGUAUCGUACGAUGGCAAGGGUUCGCUUGAUGGCGACGAUGAUGCGACUAUGGACGUCGAGGUUGACACCGAUGAUGAGAAGAGCGGCGGCGAAGAGGACGCGGACGACGACACGGAAGGAGAUUCAGAGCAGUACAGCCAGGAUUCGAGCUCGGAAGACGACUCUUCGGAGGACUCAGCCCGCAGUGGUAUUCAUGAUCCAGGGGGAAGUCUUAGCAUGAUGGAAGCAAGAGAGGUAGAUCCGUAUGAGAGUGGGGACAGUGAUUUUGAAUGGCCCGGGAUUCGAUGA